GAUUCUCAGGACAACAGCGAUAUAAAAGGAGCAGAGCAGGAUUUUUAUCCUCUGUUCCAUUGAAAACAUGCUGCGGACUCUAGUCGUCGUCCUGCUGCAGGUAGCGUUUGUUUUUGGGUGCGGUUCGCCUGCAGUGAAGCCAGACACCAGCAGGGUCGUGAAUGGAGUGGAUGCUCGUCCCCAUAGCUGGCCUUGGCAGAUCUCCCUGCAAGUGCAACAUGGCUCCCGCUUCCAUCACACAUGUGGAGGAAUGCUGGUCGCUCCUCGCUGGGUGCUGACUGCUGGACACUGCAUCUGGCCCGGAGAUGUGUACCGCGUGGUUCUGGGGGAGCAUGACAUGAGCCUGCAGGAGGGCACGGAGCAGAUCAGAGACAUCCUGCGCAUUGUUGUCCACCCUGAGUGGGACAUCGACCAUGUGGCCAACGGCAACGACCUCGCCCUGCUGAAGCUGGACAAGAGCCCCAUUAUGAACGACAGCGUCGGCGUGGCUUGUCUUCCUCAGGCAGGAGAGAUCCUGGCCCACGGGACCCAUUGUUUCAUCUCCGGCUGGGGCAACCUUUACACCCACGGCCCCAUGCCUGACAUACUGCAGCAGGCCUCGCUGCCCGUGGUGGAGCACGGCGUCUGCAGCCGCAGCGACUGGUGGGGCCACAUAGUGAAGACCACCAUGGUGUGCGCAGGAGGUGAUGUCGUUUCUGCGUGCAACGGGGACUCCGGGGGCCCUCUGAACUGCCUGGGUCAGGAUGGUAGGUGGUACAUUCAGGGCGUGACCAGCUUCGUGUCUUCUGCCGUGUGCAACGAAGUGCAGAAACCCACCGUCUUCACGCGCACCUCUGCCUUCACCGAGUGGCUCAACGAGGUGAUCCAGAAUUACUGAGGGUCUUCAGGAUGCCAACCAAAACAAAUACGUUCAAGGAAUUUGUAGGCGAGCUCGAAAGACUUAACAAAAGUUUCUGAAAUCCUCAAUAAAAAUAAAAUAAAACUGA